AUGAAACUGACGCCGUUGUUGUUACUGAUCUUGGUCGGCGUUUUCAACAAUGCGCCGCGAACUCAAGGUGCCAAGAUUUUGACGACUUUAGGCUUUCCUGGACGCUCUCAGUAUAUUUUUGUGGAGACAUACUUGAAAGAAUUGGCGGCUCGUGGUCAUCAAGUGACAGUGAUUAGCCCCUUUAAGGAAAAACCGGUACAAAAUAUACGAUUUAUUACAGCACCUAAGAUCCACGAAUACUCCGAUAAAAUGCUUAAGAUCUAUAAAGCGUCCGGGUUUUGGGCACGUCAUAAGGCAUUCUCUUGGACAUUCAGCCUUGUUUCUGAAUGCAUACUAUCUGAUGAAGGUGUCCAGAAACUAAUACAUUCUGGGGAAACCUUUGACUUGUUUCUGGCCGAGAUGGUGCAGACAGAGUCAUUGUUUGGGUUGGCACAACAUUUUAAUGCAACUCUUAUGGGCUUCUCGAGUUAUGGAAAUGAUUAUGUUAUUGAUGAGCUCAUGGGUAAUAUAUCCCCGCUCUCCUAUAAUCCGCAUAUCACCUCGCCACGCUCAAAUAUAAUGACAUUCUACGAGCGUCUAUUGAACCGAUGGGAAAUAUGGACAGAGAAGAUAGUCUACUACAUUGUGCACACCCCAGUCAUGGAGGAACAGUAUGCGAAGUACUUUCCCAAUGCCAAGAAAACUCUAUCUGAAGUCAUGGAUAGCUUCGAGUUGAUAUUGCUGGGUCAACAUUUCACACUGAGUUACGCGCGUCCCUAUCUGCCCAACAUGAUCGAGGUGGGUGGAAUUCACAUUUCCCACAAGCCGAUACCAAUACCCGAGGACAUUAAGCAGUUUAUUGAGACCUCUCGCGAAGGUGUCAUCUAUUUCUCCUUGGGAUCCAAUGUGAAAAGCAAAGAUUUGCCUGAAGAAACGCGAAAUACGCUGUUGAAAGUAUUCGGAGGACUGAAGCAGCGUGUGCUCUGGAAAUUUGAAAAUGAUCAGUUGCCCAAUAAGCCAUCAAACGUGCUUAUAAGCAAAUGGUUUCCUCAACCUAAUAUUCUAGCUCAUCCCAAUGUCAAGCUCUUUAUCAGUCACGGAGGGUUGCUAAGCACCAUUGAAAGCGUCUACUUUGGAAAACCUAUUCUGGGCUUGCCUGUUUUCUAUGAUCAGUUUAUGAAUGUUAAAAGAGCCACUGAGAUGGGAUUCUGCCUGGGCUUGGAUCUGCAGAAUCUACAGCAGUCAGAGUUGGAGCAGUCGAUUCAUACUCUAUUAACCACACCCAGCUAUGCCAAGGCCGCUGCACUCAUAUCCGAGCGUUACAAGGAUCAGCCAGAAGCUGCGCUAGAUCGAGCCAUUUGGUGGACAGAGUAUGUGAUCCGUCACAAAGGCACGCCUCACAUGCGGGCAACGUCGAGGGAUUUGAGCUUUGUGCAACUUCACGGCUUGGACACCUUGGCGGUUCUUCUAGGUGUGCCUCUUGUAACGAUUCUCUUGCUAGUUAAGCUGGCAUAUUGGCUUCUUUGCAUUACGUUUGGGUCUAAGCAUAAGCGAUUCGACAAGCAGAAGAGAAACUGAAUAUGCAAAUUUGUAAACUUAUUCUAGUUA